UGCUCUGAUGAUGUAGCCGAGUUUGGAGCGCUGUUUCCCGGCCAACCUCCCAGCUGUGACUCGCUGUGAUUUCCCCUUCUUCUUGUUCUUCUCCCCCUCUCCGUGUCUCCCAGGAGCAGGGCCCUGUCAACGCGUUUAAAGAUGGAGCUCCGGACGAUGCUACCCGCUCUGCUCUUUCUCUCUGCCGCCUGUCUGCAGUCGGUGUCCGGCGCAGCUUCACGGACAGGACCGAAAGUCACCGAGAAGGUGUUUUUUGACAUCACAGUGGCGGGUCACGAGGUGGGGAGGAUCGUCAUUGGCCUUUUUGGGGAGGUCGUCCCACUCACGGUCAAUAACUUUGUCGCCUUAGCAACCGGAGAGAAAGGUUACGGCUACAAAGGGACAAAGUUCCACAGAGUCAUCAAGGACUUCAUGAUCCAGGGAGGAGACUUCACAGCUGGAGAUGGAACUGGAGGUCACAGCAUCUACGGAACAACCUUUGCUGAUGAAAACUUUAAACUGAAGCAUUUGGGAACAGGCUGGGUGAGUAUGGCGAACGCCGGUCAGGACACCAAUGGGUCUCAGUUCUUCGUCCUGGCUGCCAAAGCCCCGUGGCUGGACGGGAAACAUGUUGUUUUUGGCAAAAUCCUCGACGGGAUGUCAGUGGUUCACACCAUCGAGCUCCAGGACACCAACGACAGGAACCUGCCGUACACCGAGUGUGUGAUCGUCAACAGCGGCAGGAUCCCCGUCAAAGAGCCCUUUGUGGUGGAGGUGGAGGGCUGGUAGACAACAGCAACAAUUAUUAUGAACUGGUGAUCAAUCAGAAGUCCAAAUUCACAUAUUGACAAUUUGCAUGUUAACGUGCUAACACUAACAAGCUAUGCAUCAGAAAUUAUGAUUUGAAACAUUUGAUCAAAGAACCUAAAAAAACCCGAAUAAUCUGAAUAAGCAUUUAAUGCCAAUUUCUCAAUAUUUGGCACUCAGUGCUUUGGAGGCAUUUUGGUUGGUACCCUAAACAUAAUGAGGUUCAACCCUCAUUAUUGAACCUCAUGAGCCAUCUAACAUAAAUAACAGUAACAUGCUAACAGUGACAUGUUGAACAGGCUUAAUGUUACAUGCUAAAUGUUAGCCUGUUGAAAUAUAAUUGUACGAAGCUAACAAUAGGCUUGCUAAUGCUUACAGAGAUAAUAUAAGUUAUAGAUAUUUCCCCUUCGUUAUAACGUAUCACACAGUGAUGUCAAACAUCAUGUCUGUGAAGGGAGGGACGAUUUAUAUCAACUUUCUGACAGGAACAGGAAACACGAGUCAAAGAAAUUUUAAUCUGUGGUAAAUUAAAAACAUCCCACUUAUAAAAAACCUGAGUUUGAAGAUCAUAUAGAGAUGAAUAGACACAAAGUUAAAUUCAUCUAAUGAAUAUACAAACAUUUGCAUGUCACACUAUUCUCUACUGUCAGCUAAAAACCUUAUAUCUCCAAAAUGGCAAAUUGUUCAGGAUUGUUGCAAAAAUGUCAGGUUUUAAACUAGAUUUAUUUUUUAACCAAACGGUUUUAAAAGGAUUCAUAAACCUUAAGGCUUGCUUUUAGGGUGAUGUCAUUUAAAAAACAUAUCACUGAUUGAAAAAGUACAAAAAACAUUUUGCUCCUGCAUUUAUUUUAUGUUCUCCAAUGUGGAUUUUUUCGAUCCGUUCACAAGUCUUCAUUUAUGAUGUACUCCGUGUUAAAGCACCGCUGCUAUAUAAGCAUGUAAUAUAAAUACCAAAAGAAGAGAUAUGAGGUUUUCAGCUGAUAGUGACCCCCUGUAUGCGGAGAGGAGUGGCUCAUCAGAUUCACUGUGGUUCAAGUUUUAUACGUUAGCAUACUUGCAUAUUUUGUGGAUGGUGUUUCUAUGCAUCUAAUACAAAUAUAUUCAUUUCAAUUACUGUGAACAAACAUAUGCAAAAACACAAUUCUAUAGCAAGCUCUUUUUUAAUUUCCAUCAGUGAAAAUGAAGAUUUCCUUUUUCAUGUUUUGAUUUAAUGGAGAUCUUCUCUUCCUGACACAUUAUGCACCAUAUCAUGUUUGCAAAAACUACAGCACAAAUUGCACAGGAAGGAAAAUGUUAUGAAAGUGUAGGUGGUUAUUAAUACUGUACUUAUACUGUAGCUGUUCUCUCAAUGAUGAUUGUAAAUGCUGUUCUUUGUGUGUUAUUGCUGUCACCAGGUCAGUGAACUUAUUCUGACUUUUAAUGUUAUAUCUUUUGUUAUUUUUCUUAUUAUUGUGAUUGUUGUGUCACUGUAGCAAAAUAAUCUAGAAAAGUUAUGACUGAUAUUCCUCACAUCACUGAAGUUAAUGUAGCAUUUUAAAACCUCUUUAACAAACAUAUCAGGAGUUCUGUUUUCAUUAUUUAUAGUAACAACAGAAGAAGAGUGCCAACAGGUGUGUUUUCUACAAUAAACAAUAUGCUGUUGCAAAACAAUCUGA